AAGUGAAUCAAAGAAGUUAAGACGACGCACUGACCAACUAAUUCACCAUCUCGACGGCGCUAAAUCGGUUACCUAGCCGCAAGAUCUUGUCUGCUGAGGUCCGAUUCUGCUUCACGUAACUUCCAUCACCUUCUUUGACGCUUCUUCCGCUCGCCAACAAAGCUGCAUCUCAGCGUACCCUCAAUAUCAACGACGCUUCACGAAACAGACGCGACGACCUACUCUCAACAAUGACUUCCCCCAAGUUGCCACACGAACGCGAGCCCGACUCUGACUGCGACGCACCUGAAGAUCCUCCAGCCACACCGCCCUCCCAGCUCUUCUCCGGCGGCUGGGGCAACUCCUACGCUGAUGUCCUUCGCAAGUCCAAUUCGUCGCCGUUGCAUGCGGGCACCGCGGGCAGUGAGCUCCACCACCACUCUAGCCCAGCGCCGUACGACAACGCGCAGGAAGAGAGCGCUUCGGAUCCUGGAGGCCCGAUGGACAUGACGGAUGACGAAGACUCAGGGUUUCUAGCUAGCGACGAGGACUCUUCCGAUUCUGAUGCAGAGACAACAUCUGCACCGCCAAUGCCGGUGGGUGGAGAGCACCUACGUGAGACGCAGGACAUGCCUAUAGACCUUGCUUCAGAGGUCAACGAGUCCGACGAGGAAGACGCAGGAAUGUCAGUGAGCGGAGAGGACUCGCCUGAUUCCGACGCGGAGACUACAUCACCAAAGCACGUACCCGGGACGCAGGACAUGCCUAUAGACCUUGCCUCAGACAGCAACGAGUCUGACGAGGAGACUAAAUCGUCCACGAUGCUCGCUGACGGCACAACCGCGGAUCUUAUGGAGGGAGUUGAGGCCCAAGAUGGCGGCAUGCUAGAGACAGACGCUCGCGAGGACUCUUUGUUUAGCGAAGAAGCUCCUAGCGAGCCAGAGUCUAUCACUAAGGUCUUCGCGCCAGCCACCGACGACAGUGAGCCUAAGGAGCUUCGACUCCGUUGCGAUGUUGAUCGGUGCGUUCAUAUACUGCGAUGCGGCCAUGCAGUACUCGCCAUCGACGCUGCCGACGGAAUGCUGUGUGCGAAGAAUUGCAUCAGACCCAAAGGCCGACAUGGCGUCGAAGGAGAGCUCGGCUGUCGUCUAUGCUAUCGACUGAACAAUGGUCCUGCGGUGUCCUGGUAUCUCCAACGACUCGACGACCUGCUACUGCGCCGCCAUGUCGCGGAGGAUGAGUCCGAAAAGAUGCAGAAGUACCGGCCGAGCGAGAUCGUCUUUCUGGUGAACGACGGCGUGGUCUUCCCACGAGCCAUUCGAGCAGCGCCGCACCAAGGGGUGCUUCGAAACGCGCUGGAUGAGGGGGAGCUUGACUUUGACGUCGUUGGUGCUAAAGCUAUACCGGCGGAUACGCUCAAGAACAUCGGCGAUAUACGCGAAGCCGUAUCCGUAGCCGCCGAGAAGGAGCGCGCGCGAUACGAUAUAGCCAAGCGGCAGUCCCGCGUACGACGACCUACUGUCGAUGUCAAGGCUAGGGAAGCACUGAUAUCUCAGAUCGAGCACUUUAGCGAACAGUUGGAGCACGAAGUUGCCCCUAAGAAGCCUGCCGGCUGGGGUGCGAAGAUGACGGCGUGCUAUAUCUUCGAGCUCGUGGAUUAUGGAACGAUGUUGCCGCUAUCGAAGGUGGAUGUUGUCAUGGCUGCUUGCAUAGCGACGGGGUUCGAGAGGCUACAGUACGAGGUCGCAGGCGUGUCGGUCGCCAGAGUCUGCGAGUUGACGCAUUGCAAAAUGGGUGAUGUCGAGGCUGCAAUGGAGACUCUUAGGGGAGCUUUGUAUCGCAGAGCGGUCAACCCAGCUGGACAUAAUUAUCGGUCACUCAAGCGGACCUUGCCGCAGCUAGAGGUUCUUGUAUGGAUUGCUAAGGAGAUGGAACCGAAGGCGUAAGGCAGUGAUGUGGGAAUCCGCGCCUGAGAAGAAG